UUAUAAACUAAUUUUAGUUGUGUAACUGUUGCCUAAGAUAGAAAAUGUUUCGUUCCCAUGGUUACUUUGUUGUGAUUUUCAGUGUCAUUAAUACUAGAGAUUAAUGGAUUCGUAGUUCUCUUGUAACAUCACAUUUAUAUUUUUCUAAGAUGUGUAUUUAUGUCUAUAAGUAACAUUAAAUUGAGAUUACUCUCUGAACUACUUGUGGCGUUUUGAGCUCUUUACACGAUUGAAGUGCAACUGUGCUUCUGAAUUCGAGUAUAAUUCUUUUUUUUUUUCUGAAAAUUAUUAUAUUGCUAUCUUUUUCAUCAUUCUUUCCUUAUUGCACAUGUAAAAAACUGUAGGCAAAUUUUUUAUAAUAUAUAUUAGUGAGACCUAGGAGUUAGAUUUACCAUAUAAGCUAGUUAUGAAACAGUAAUACUGGAAGUAAAUGCUAAGGAUUGGGUUUGAGAUAGAGCUACUGACUCAGAAGCAUGGAAGAGAAUGAGGUCAUAGUGUCAUACAGAGGAUAUACCAAGGCAUCCUUCAUUGAACCCGAAAUUCUAAAACUGAUAGUAUCAAUGCAAAAGCUCUUGUUGCAUCAGACAUAACCGGCAUGUUUAGGGAGACCACGUUUGAGUUAGAUCAAUUUCCAGAGCUAGUUCUAACUUGGUUAUCCAAAGGAGGCAUUGUUCUAGCACGAUACAAGCUUUUUAUGGGUAAAUUCUUGCCCACACCUCUUCCCUCCGAAUUUUCUUGUUUUAGUUGAGUGUAUAACCAAUGUUCUAGUGUUUUGAUUCCAUAUCUUUGUGAUUUCAAAAUUUGGGCCCGUAUGCUUAGAGGCUAAAUCCUUUUCAAUUGCAUAUCCACUUUGGAUGCUUCUUAGUUUGAACUGUUAGAGUAUGAUUAUUGUGCUUUAUUUGUAAAUCUCUUUGCAACUUCAAAUUAUAGAUCCGUGAGUUUGUUGGAGUGCCCCUUGAUGUAGUAGUAGGUUGAAUACAAGUUAGGGGAUUUUGACUAUAAUAGAAAGAAGAGGAGGGUUAGGGUUUGGGCUGUAUACAAGAUAACACUUGAUAAUUUGAGAAUAGGUGCAGAAUUAGAAAUGAGUGGAGGUGAUGAGAAAGAUCUGGAGGCACAGGUGGCAGUGAUUUUGAUCAAUGACAUUGAUGUCUAUGUGGAAAUGGAAGGACACUAAUUGGAGGAGGAUCUUUUAAGUGUGUAGAGGGAAGGUAAGGAAGGCUAGUUUGAUGAGGCUACAAAUUAAGAUUCUAUGUUGUGGCAUCAAUUUGGCUGGCAGGUUUAAUCUGAAGAGGGUUUGUUAUUAACUGAAGUUAGAGUGUUAUACCUAGGAGUUAUAUUCACUAGAGUGUCCUAAUAAUUCAAGGGAAACGUCCAAACUACCCUGCUGCCUACAACUAUGUAAAUUACAUAAAAUAACAUGGGACCACACUUAUUAAACACUCCAAUUCUUGCUAUUGGUCAAGGGAAAAAAAAGAAGGGAGGACAAGCAAUAAAUUAUAAUAGAAUAUUUAAUAGGGGGUGGAUUUGCUAGUAGGGUCAUUUAGCAAGGAAUUCUAAAUGACCUACCUAUUGAGAUGUUGACUACUUAGGCUCUGUUCGACUGUUCCAAACCUUCUUUGAAGCCAGGGUACAUUAUAGAGCUUUCUCAGCUCCCAGGGAUUGAUUAAUUUUUUCUUUUUGUUUCUUUUUUUUCUGAUUUCUUCGUUAUAAGGCUGAUUAUUCUGAAGUUUUAACUGAAAGGUGACCUCAUAAAUGCUAAACUUUCAACCGAAACAGUGCAAUGCAUUCUUCCUAGUUCUGUUAGCUUACUUCUUUUUAUGGUCCAGGUGCCAUGCGGUCUUUCCAGUUCUAACAGAGUUGGUUCUCCAACUGCUUCAGAUGCGAACAUGAUUCCUACUGUGUUAGAUAAGAACUUCGCUGUCUGGACAGCGUGUGUGAAAACCUGAAUGCUCUUUUGAGAGUCAGGAGUCAGCUGUUACUUGUACAGAUGCGGUUAUUAGAUCAAUCUUCUAUGUGUCAAGAUGGUCUAGGGAACAAGAAGGUCCCACAUGUUAGUCUUUAUCCCUAUAUGGGAGCCCAUUUAGUAUUGUUCAUUAGGUUAAAGUGGGUUUGGUGUCUGUUGGGGGUGCCUAACUAUUUCUUUCUAUUUGUGCAUCUGCUUCUCUCUAACUUCUGCAAUUCUAAGAACCUAAGUCAUUGUGAGUUUUAGUCCUUGUAAAUAAUGGACUAACUAAAAUUCAUUUGUUCUUUAAUAAGGUCCUGCUCUUUGUGGUGCAACUCCAUGCAUUACCGUCAAACUUUCAGGGUGGGGGAGGGUGAAGCAGAAACAAGCCCAGGCCAGAGCAAACAACAUCCACUGCUUUACCAACUGAGCCAACCAACUUGAACCUUCUUGUGCCUAAUUCUACAUCAACCAAAUCCUGAUCCAAAAAGACAUAAUUUGUUGUUUCUUUUGGGUAGUGUUGUUAGAGUACAAGGUGAUGAGUUUUGGCAUAUGUCGAAGGUCUUACGGAUGACCAUCAGUGAUAGGGUAGAGCUCUUCAAUGGAAGAGGAGGUGUGGUCAGAUGCUGCAUUCAGAAGAUUGACCAAACAGGGCUGGAUGUCAUUGCACUGGAAGAGCCACAAGUAUUUCUUCCUAAAGGGACACAAUGGCAUGUCUUUGCAGCUUUUGGUACAUUGAAGGGCAGUCGGGCAGAUUGGCUGGUUGAGAAAUGCACAGAGCUAGGAGCAAGUAGCAUAACACCUCUUCUAACUGAACGUUCACCUUCAAUAUCAGAAAAUCGUGUAGACAGGUUGCAACGGGUCAUCCUAGCUGCUGUUAAACAAUGUCAACGGCUGCACGAAAUGUCUAUGAAUCCUUCUACCAAAAUUGGCAGCCUUUUGCCUAUUGUUGCCCAGUCAAAGCUGUCUUUCAUAGCGGUGGCAGAAGCAACUCCCCUUAUUACUACCCUGACCUGCUCAAGAGUAGAAGCAAGUGGGCUCAUAAUAAUUGGACCAGAAGGGGACUUCACUGAGAAGGAGGUGAAGAUGAUGACUGAAGCAGGUGCUACUGCUGUUGGGCUUGGGCCAAAUCGUCUAAGGGUUGAGACUGCGACAAUGACACUUUUGGCAACUCUGAUGUUAUGGUCUGACUCUCAACAGCAACAAGAUCCUUAAUUGGUCCAGUCAUUAGUCCACUUCUAGACCCGUGAACACAAUUCAAUAUUAUAAGCACACGACACAAGAGGAGCGAUGGGGCCACCAUUCCAUUGCUCCAUCUGCUACAAGUCAAGACACAAGCGUACAUGAAUUCUUGUAAGUUGCAACCGUUCAAUCUAAACAUGUUAUAUUGGAUAUUUGACAAGAUUCUCUUCCAAUUCCAAUUAUGCGCAAUCAGGUUGUAUGUUGAUCAUCAAUAACCAAGGGGCUGUUUGGAAAGUCUUUUUAAGUAAA